AUGGCCCUGUUCAUGGACUCAGACCUCUCUGUGCUGAAGCAGAACCAGAACAGAGACCUGAUGGAUUUCAAGGCGUUAUUUGAAGAAGAACCGGACCGCUGCAAAGAAGCCCGGAGUGAGAGGGCGGUGUCGUCCCCGGAUCCGGACAGAGCCGCCGCCGUCAACCCCGGUGUGAUGGAGGGCCAGAGGAAGAGGAAGAGGACCAUCUUCAGCCGGGCCCAGCUGUCAGAGCUGGAGCAGGCCUUUGCUGUGACCCCCUACCCGGACAUCACCCUGAGGGAGAGGCUGGCCGCCCACACACACCUGCCUGAGAGCAAGAUACAGGUGUGGUUCCAGAACAGAAGAGCCAGAAGUAUCAAGACUGUGAGGCUCCCCAAGUCCACCAAGACCCCCCUCGGAGGUAGAGGCGUGGUUGACCCCUCCUCUGGUCCUGUGACCUCCACUUACCUUACCUCCACCACCCUGGCGGACAUUUUCAGACCGGAGCAGAACCACUCCUGCGAGGACGUCCCGCAGAUCUACUCCGACUGGAUCCAAAUCUACGGAAACCCCGUUUCAUCGCCGCCUUCUUCUUCAUCCCUCCAGGGCUCCUCAAAACCCUCGGAGCCUCGUCUUUGGGAGGAGGAGCACCACCACCAGCACCAGCACCACCACCAGCACCUCCAGCAGCGGCAGCACCUUGGACCAGCGCUUACCGGGUUCCUCCCUGGUUCUUACCCUCAGGCUCACCACUCAUCCUCCACCCGUUCCUACCAGACCUUCAGGAACUUUAAACCCCAGACCGCGGCUUCUUCUGGGGCCCAUCAGGCCGUGUACGGUGGUGCCGGCGGCGCUGCAGGUGGAGGUCACGCCUCUGUAGACCAGGUGGUUCCUUCACACCCUCAGCCGGUGUACUGGGAGGUAGCUCAGGGCCAGGGACACCAUCACCACCACCAUCACCCGCAAAUGGGACCGCAGACCUCCAUGGGCUACAUCUCAGACCUGAUCUACAACGCCGCCAUCGUCACCAACUUCCUGGAGUUUUGA